AUGCCAUUAAUAAUCAAAGGAACAACAUAAGCAUCUGAAUGUAAAUGUUUUGGUAUUCUAAUAAUAACUCUACUGCUAAAUAUACUAAAAUGCAUAUAAAGUAUGCAAAUAGAUUUUUAAAAAUAAUCAAAAAAAUACUUUACAUUUUCAAUGAACAGACUCAAUGAAGCUAAACUUGAAAACUUUCCUGAAAUUGAAGCCUAUAUAUGA